UAACCCCUCAAACAGCAAAGCGCAGGGUUCCGCUCUCCUCCUAUUACACUUAAGGACAGAAACCAUUCGCCAGAUCGGAACCACGAGAGCCGCCCGCCAUGACGCGCCAAUCCCUCCAGCUCGAGCUCGCCGAGCGUCCCACGGGCCCCAUCGUCCCGGGCAAGACCUUCCGCCAGCGGCAGGUGGCCGCUCCGACCGAGUCCGACCUGGGCGACGGCCAGCUGCUGCUCGAGUGCCUGUACGUGUCGCUGGACCCGGCCAUGCGCGGCUGGCUGGACGACCGGCGCUCGUACGUGCCGCCCGUGCAGAUCGGCGAGGUGAUGCGCGCCAUGACCAUCUGCCGCGUGCUGGCGUCGCGGUCGGGCAAGGCCCGCGCCGGUGACAUCAUCACCACGUCAUCGCUGGGGAUGCGCGAGGUCGGCAUCGUGCCCGAGGCGCAGGUCGAGCCCGCCUCGAGGCUGCUCCGGGACGGCAGCGGUGCGAGGGUGACGGAUCUGCUCGGCGUGCUGGGCCUCACGGGACUGACGGCGUAUUUUGGCAUGACCAAGAUCGGCGAGCCGAAGAAGGGCGAGACCGUGGUCGUGUCGGCCGCUGCAGGCGCCACGGGCAGCGUGGCGGCGCAGAUCGCCAAGAUUGCCGGCGCGAGGGUCGUGGGCACGGCCGGCAGCGACGAGAAGUGCCGGUGGCUGACGGAGGAGCUCGGCCUGGAUGUUGCGCUCAACUACAAGGACCCCGACUUCAAGGAGAAGUUCAAGGCCGCUACGCCCAAGAUGAUUGAUGUCUUCUUCGACAAUGUUGGGGGCGAGCAGCUUGACAUGGCUUUGGGGCGGGCUAAGGCGUUUUCCCGCUUCGUGAUGUGCGGAGGCAUUUCACAGUAUAAUGCCGUCAGCAAAUCGGGACCCAUGCGGAACUUCAACAACAUCAUCGCCCAGCGGAUCAAGAUGCAAGGCUUCAUCGUCUUUGACUUUGCAAAGGAGUACGACACGGCGCUGGCGCAGCUCGCGCAGUGGUUGGCUGAGGGCAAACUCAAGCGAAAAGAGACAAUCAUCAAGGGGGGCGUCGCUGCUGCUGAAAAAGCGCUUCAGCAGCUAUUCGAGGGUGUUAACCUUGGCAAACUCUUGGUCGAGGUUAAAAAGCCCGAAGAGUCAUCACGGCUUUGACGAAAGCUUAGGGUUAUAGCAAUACCACACACCUGAUGUGAUGAGACCCGAGGUUAAUAUAUCUGCGCGGGAAGCAACCUUUACAGA